AUGGAGAAUAACACAGGAGACUGUAAACAAUCGACGUUCUCUGAGGCAGGGAGCGAGGGGGUCGUGAAAAGUGCGAGUCAACUGAAGAAAGACGCCAAAAGACUGGAGAAGUUGGAGAAAUUUAAGAAAAAGAAAGAAGCGCAAGAAACUGAGAAGAAGAACCAGGGAGAGGUUCGUCAAAAUUAACAUUCUCAAUUCACCUUCAAUAUGUGUAUAUAAAAUAUAAAUGUAAACAAUAUUUGCAAGCAUUGCUUUUCAGGUUUUAGUAGCAGCUAGGGGUUUAAAUUAACCCUUUUGGGUGGCAAUGUGCUGUGUUGGGGAGGAUGUGCUCAUUGAGCCUUGGUGAUGGUUCAGGGUGUGACUGUUGAUCAAGUGCGUAGUUACUAUAGAGUGAGCUACACACAGCAGUGUUCUGGGGGACUGGAAGGUCCAAGUGCUUGGAAAGUGGUAAGGGUGGUAGGAUAUUCUCUUUCCAGAUAAAAAUGGAUAUGAUCAGGAAAUUAGUACCCCCUUGUACCUCUCCCCCCUUUACCAAGGUCAGAAGGGGUACACCCCCCAGUAAAUCCAUGCCCAGUUGACAGUAUAGAUUUGUCUCCUGCACAUUGUAGAAAAAGAAAGAGAAAAAGAACAAGGAUGACACGAAGAAGAUUAUUUCUUACGAUAAAGACACUGCACCUGGAGAGAAGAAAGGUAGGACUAGUCCCUGGCAUCAAUUGAAAUGUCAUUCUUACCAAAUUAGUUAUUAACUAUCUGAGUGUAAUAAUAUUCUAGAUGUAUUGGGCAGCAUGCCAGAUAGUUACAGUCCCAAAUUUGUUGAAGCAGCUUGGUAUCCAUGGUGGGAAAAACAGGUAGCAGAUUGAUUUAAGGGAAUUUUAUAUCAAACAAAAUUUGAAACUUAUUUGACAAAAUUGUUUACUCUUUUUCACAGGGAUUUUUCAAGCCAGAAUAUAAUGUAAGUAUAACAUAUUUUCACAGCGUUUACCAGUAAAAAUGUGCAUGUCGGGUGUCUCAAGGUUGACAUGGGGAAGGCAUUAAUUUACAGACUGUCAAUUUUAUUGUAGCGAGAUUUAAGCCAACCAAAUCCCAAAGGAAAUUUUACAAUUGUAAUCCCUCCUCCAAAUGUGACUGGAUCUCUUCAUGUUGGCCAUGCUUUGACAAGUGCUGUUGAAGACUGUUUAACUAGAUGGUAAGUUGUUAGGGAGGGUUUGUGUUUGAAACAUCUGACAGAAACACUUGUAUGAAGAUGUUUCAAAUUGUUUCAACAUCCUAGGCAUCGUCAGCAAGGUAAAACAGCCCUCUGGGUACCUGGGUGUGACCACGCUGGCAUUGCAACACAGGUUGUGGUGGAGAAAAAGUUAAAACGAGAAAGGAAUCUUACCAGACAUGACUUAGGACGUGAAAAUUUUGUCAAUGAGAUUUGGAAAUGGAAAAAUGAGUAAGUCGUUACGGAUAUUUAUCUUAAGAUACUUGUUGAGUAACUUGAUUGAAUAAUUUGUCAUUGUUUUAGAAAUUAUUGAUGCAUAUAAUUUGUUCUUUAUUUAGCAAAGGUCAUAAAAUCUAUGAUCAACAAAAGCGUAUGGGUGUUUCCACAGACUGGGACAGAGAGAGUUUUACAAUGAGUGAGGUAUUGUACUUCCUUACCCUCCUCAGUAGAAGCUUUGCAAAUAGUCAGCAGAAACCUCAAUGUAAAGGAGAAGAAGUAGAUAGGAGCUCAUCCAUUUCAUGACAUAAACUUUAAUAAAAUUUAGAGGUCAUCAUUCACUUCAGUUUUAUAUAGAGAUCAUUGUUCACUUCAUCACUUCAGUUUUAUAUAGAGAUCAUCAUUGACUUCAUCACUUCAGUUUUAUAUAGAGAUCACCAUUGACUUCAUCAUUUCAGUUUUAUAUAGAGAUCAUCAUUGACUUCAUCACUUCAGUUUUAUAUAGAGAUCAUCAUUGACUUUAUCACUUCAGUUUUAUAUAGAGAUCAUUGUUCACUUCAUCACUUCAGUUUUACAUAGAGAUCAUCAUUGACUUCAUCACUUCAGUUUUAUAUAGAGAUCAUCAUUCACUUCACUUCAGCUUUGUAUAGAGAUCAUCAUUCACUUAAUCACUUCAGUUUUCUAUAGAGUUCAUCGUUCAUUGAUCAUAGUUCUAAAUAUCUUACGUAAUUGGGAAAAAAAUAGAAAGUUUUGAAAAGUAUACAGUCAGCUUAUUUAAGUUAUUUUGUAGAAACUGUCUCGAGCUGUUGUUGAAGCGUUUGUACGACUGCAUGAUGAAGGUUUGAUCUAUCGCAGCAAGAGAUUGGUGAACUGGUCAUGUACUUUAAACUCGGCUAUUUCUGACAUAGAGGUAUUAAAGUCAAUGUUUAACCCAUUAAAGUUGCAUUCUACCCUAUUAUAUCGUUCUACCCUGUCUAAUGCCAGAUGAUUUGACUUGUCAAAUCAAGUACUCAAUUUAUUUAUGAAUGGUGGUAUGUUUAUUUAUCAAGGUCGACAAGAAAGAAGUGAAUGGACGAACCUUACUUCCUGUGCCUGGUUACGAAGAGAAAGUCGAGUUCGGCGUUCUCGUUCAUUUUGCUUAUCCACUCGAAGAUAGUGAGGAAAAAUUGAUUGUUGCCACAACUAGAAUUGAAACUAUGUUGGGUGACACUGCUAUCGCUGUUCAUCCCAAUGAUCCCAAGUAUAAGGUGAGUUUUGCGUAAACUAAGGUUAGUGUUCACAGAUUGAAUGCAGUGAUUGAUUGGGUGACAUGGCCACAUGGGUAUGUUGUUCAUACAAAUCCACACAUUCUAUCAAUGAAAAUCAAUGAUAUUAUAUGUGUAAUCUCUUUAUCUUAGCAUUUUCAUGGCAAAGUUGCUCUGCAUCCAUUUUGUGAUCGAAAACUUCAGAUUGUGUGUGAUGACAGUGUCGAUCCUGAAUUUGGCACAGGUAACGUGCUAGAACAGCUAGAAAUAAUACAAGGUUGAUGAGAGUAAAACGCCAGUGCUUAAGUGGAGGAUUUUAGUAAAAGCCAGGGGCUGGUUGUUCCAAGCUGGAUUAGCGCUAACCCUGGGUUAAAAUUUAACCUGCUGUUUUAGUUCAUGUAUUUCUGCACGUCUUGUUUCAAAACUUCAGAGAAAGAAACUCCUAUACUGAUCCAAACCAGAUCUCUAAAGAAAUAUUUUCAAAUUUAUAAACAAUUAAGCCAUUGAGAAGUUUGCUUUGAAUUUUAGGUUAUCUGGGGUUUAAGUUAACCCAGCUUUGAACAACUGACCCCAGGUUCUCAAUGUCGGACGGAAUGGGAAAAGCAUCAAGCAGAUGUAAAUUAUAACGAUGAAAAGAAUGUCUAAGUUUCCUUCACGCGUAUAUGCCUCGCUCAUAUCCCAAUUGGAAAACGUGGAAGGCUAACGCUUGAUAAGUUUAAAAAAUUUUAAAGGUGCUGUAAAGAUCACUCCUGCGCAUGACCAUAAUGAUUACGAGAUUGGUUCAAGACAUAACUUGAGAUUUGUUUCCAUGAUGGAUGAUGAUGGAAACAUUUGUGAUGUCGGUGAUUUCCUGCCUGAAUUUAGUAAACGCUAUAUUGUAAGUAUACGAAGACCUUUAUCAAACCUUUUUGCUUUAGACCAUUCGCUUUCAUAUUAUUCUUAUGACUCUAUUUGAUAUGCAAAGUGUGUUAUGUAUAAUUAACUUUGUAGUGUAAUCUUCAUAAACGAUUUUACCGUGCGUAAAUAAAGUGAAAAUAAAUUAAAUACACUUGAUUGAUUGGUGUAUACUAUGUAUAUAGGGUUUAAAGCGUUUCCUAGCUCGUAAGACUGUUCUGGAAGAUUUAAAAGAGAAAGGGUUGUACAUUAAAACUGACGAGAAUCCCAUGGUGAUCCCCGUGUGUAGGUAAGAGGUUCACCAGUCUUCACUUUUCUUAAUGCCCUGGUUUCACCACGUAAACUUUCAUCACGUGAACAACCGCAGCAAUAUGUAGUUUGAUGACAUUAUGGUCUAAUGAUCUGAUGUGACAUUAUGAUGUUAUUUUAGUCGAUCAAAAGAUAUUGUUGAACCUCUGAUUAAACCUCAGUGGUAUGUCAACUGUCAAGACAUGGCUGCCGAUGCUGUCAAGGUUUGUGAAUGAAAGAAAUAUUCUUCUUUUAUCCAACCCCUAUCCCAGCGUGACCCGAUCGAACUCUUGAUGGAAGAAGCUAUUUCGCUGGCCUCAGAUUGACAAAACGUAACCAAGCGAUGGUUUUACUAACUCUAACCCUAUUCCAAACACCAACUCUAACCCUACUCCAAGUUUGUUUCUAAACCAAUUUUGAAGAAAAAAGUUUUGACGAAAUGUCAUUCUGAGGUCAGCGAAAUAACUUCUUCCACUCUUGACGUGCGUUGUUUUCUAUCUCUUGUGAUGUCAGUUCCUUCAUAUUUAAAUAUUUUUUACACAAUCUAUCUUGUUCACUUUUCAAACGAAAUGAUGACUUUCCUUCCAGAUGGUACGAGAAGGAGAAUUAAAAAUAAUUCCGUCCACGCAUGAAAAAACGUGGUACAAAUGGAUGGAAAACUGUAGGUAGGCAUUGACAUAUAAUUUAUACAGAUCUUAAAACAAUGAGUAACUGGAUGACAUGGAGAACAGUGGGAUUUUCAAAACAAUGAAAAGACAGUGGAACAUUCCGAUCACUGGAACGUGACUGGAUGAUAUGGACAAUAGUGGGAUUUUCAAAACAAUGAAAAGACAAUGGAACAUUCUGAUCACUGGAACGUGACUGGAUGACAUGGAGAAUAGUGGGAUUUACAAAACAAUGAAAAGACAAUGGAACAUUCUGAUCACUGGAUCAUGACUGGAUGACAUGGAGAAUAGUGGGAUUUACAAAACAAUGAAAAGACAAUGGAACAUUCUGAUCACUGGAAUGUGACUGGAUGACAGAUAACUAUAUACUGUAAGUUGAUGGAGUCAAAUGAUAUUUUUUCAAUCUUGUCUUUAGAGAUUGGUGUAUUUCACGUCAACUGUGGUGGGGGCAUCGUAUUCCUGCAUAUUACGUCAUUGUUGAAGGCGCGCAAGUGCCUCUGGACUCGGUAUGAAUAUAACGUAGCUGAAUUUUGAUAAUUACCGUUCUAGUAGUAUAUUAAAGAAAAUCCUUAUCUUGUGUUGCAGGAUUUGAACGAUAAAUAUUGGGUCAGGUAAGAGCGCAUGCAGAGACGCAGAAAACAUUUAUUUAUUAUUGAAAAUUUUGUAAUCAAGGCUACAAGUACAAUGGUCUUUUAACUUUGAUUAUUUAGCGGAUCAAAUGAAGAGAAAGCAAAAGAGAAAGCUGCUCAACGUUUUGGAGUUUCUAAAGACAAGAUCUCGCUACGACAAGACGAAGAUGUGUUAGACACAUGGUUCUCUUCUGCUUUGUUUCCCUUCUCUGUCUUUGGCUGGCCUGAUGACGUAUGUGUUGAGACACUUGCUAAUGUUAAUGCCAAUUGACCAUUUGCGUAAUAGACUAAAUUUUGAACUAAACAAGUCUAGAAAAAAUUUCAUCACAGCUUGAAGGAGCAUCACAAAAUUAGUAGGGUUUGGGGCUGUCAAUUUCCCGUUUGUAAUCUAAAAUGACUGAAAAUUGCAAAUUUCGCAAGGCUAUAUUUUCCGCAAUUUACAACAUUUUGUAACGAAACUUUGGAAUAUUACUAAUUUUGUGAUGCUCUUUCAAGCUGUAAUGAAAUUUUUGUUGAGAUCAAAAUUUAGUCUAUUACGCAAAUGGUCAAUUACAUACUGUAUCCUAUAGUUUGUGACUGAAUGACCUUAACAAGAUUAAAAACACUUCAACAUGUUGACGUUGGGUGGUAGCCAACAUUUAAACUCAGGAGGAUUGUUGGCCGAGGAUUGUUGGGCCAACAAUCCUCCUGAGUUUUUGCUGUAUUUUUUAACUUAUCUUGCUUUUGUUUCUGACUCCAGACUGAUGACAUGAAAUCGUUCUACCCAACAUCAUUGCUGGAGACUGGUCACGAUAUUCUCUUCUUCUGGGUCGCCAGAAUGGUCAUGAUGGGACGGAAGUUACUUGGAAAGUUGCCUUUCACUGAGGUAGAAAACGCAUGUCGAGAAUAGCCCAUGGUUUCUCUUUGGUUUACCAGAUUGAAACGGUAAAAGUUCUCUAACAAAGUGGAUGAUAGGUCUAUCAAUAAUUAACUCCUAGAAGCAGGGCUUGAACUAACAACCGAUCAAUGAUCGGCAAGAAAUUGCUUAUGAUCGGCGGAAAAGCAGGAUUUCCAACCUGAAAAAGCAGGGAAAGUCAUGACUGCCAUCAUCAUUGAUCGGGAACUUUGGGAACGUUAUUUCAAGCCCUGGUAAAGGACAUUGUUUAUGGUUCUACUGCUACAGGAGAAAACCAAAGUGCUCGGAAACCUGUCGUGUUUGUUCGAGUCAAAACUGGAACUUCUCACAUUGAAGUGAAGUUAUGAUGAGAUUACUGCAGGAAUGAAAUCAAGGUCACGGAGGCGAAGGACCGUGAAUUAACAUGUUGUCUCUGCUUCAGGUGUUUCUUCACGCUAUGGUGCGAGAUGCGCACGGACGCAAAAUGAGUAAAUCACUUGGCAAUGUCAUCGAUCCUGUUGAUAUUAUUGAAGGAAUCACAUUAGAGGUUGGUGUACGUUGACAUAUUGAAGAAGUUCAGAUUUCACUGGCUUAGCACCCAUCUGAUUGGUUAAAGAAGCCUAUCAAACCCAUCUGAUUGGUUAAUGAAAUGUGUCAAACGCAUCUGAUUGGUUAAUUGAAACAUAUCAAACGCAUCUGAUUGGUUAAACAUAUCAAACGCAUCUGAUUGGCUAAGUACUAUUUACAACCUGAGCGGCCGUGUUGUAUCGGAUAUACAAACUCGAGCCGAAAAAUGGCUUAAAAAGCGACUCAUCUUAUGAGUUCACUGGCGAAGUAAUUUUAAUAAUAAACGUUGUCUAAGCCGAGAAAAUCAAAGUUAAAGUUUAUGUAAAUCAACAUGAAUCUGUAUCACAUAUACAGAUACGACACGCUUAUGAUUUUUCUUUGUGUUUUCUUCAUGAAUUAUUAAUGAGUUUUUUAAUGAAACAUAUCAAACUAUCUGAUUGGUUAAUGUUUCCUCAAUGGUUCUUUAACCAAUCAGACACGUUUGAUAUAUGCGAUUUACCAAUCAGAUGUAAAGGUAAGGUAAGUCAAAACUGAACCUCUCUAUUGUCUCACACACUAGUAAUUCAUGGGUUUUUUGCAUGGGCGUACGGGAAGGAAAAAAUUAGGGGGGGGGGGCGGAAAGAAAUUUGCCCGACAUUUUCGGAUUGUGCCCGAGUUAUCAAAAAAAAAUUUCCGGAGAAACUUUCCAAACGAAAAAUUCCUAUUAGAUAGCAUAUUUCCCACAAAAUUGACAGAAUUUCCCACAAAAUUGACAGAAUUUGUCCCAUUUAUUUUUAUAAUAAGCCAAUAUUGCCCGACUGGCUUUGUUUGCCCAACAAACUGUGGGGGCUACCGCCCCCUCCCGCCCGGUACGCCCAUGGUUUUUUCUUCUGUCAACCACAAGAUAUUCUCCUCCUGUAGAACUUGCAUAAGACACUCUACACUGGAAAUCUUGACGCUAAGGAAAUUACAACGGCUAUGAAAGGACAGAAACAAGAUUAUCCCAAGGGCAUUCCUGAGUGUGGUACUGAUGCAUUGAGAUUUGCUCUUUGCGCCUACACUGCCCAAGGUACGACGAUGCUUAUGACUGCAUCUGAAGAAAUCCCGUAAUACACGUCGUUUUCUGAUUUUAAUUUCAUCUCUUUUGCACAGGUCGAGACAUCAAUCUGGACGUGUUGCGUGUUCAAGGAUAUAGACAUUUCUGUAACAAACUUUGGAACGCCACAAAGUUUGCUUUGAAUGCCCUCGGGACAAACUUUAAACCUGACCAAGAACCCAAGGUGAGACCAUUCAGUAUUCUCAGGAUCUCACUUUUUCCUCGUCUGUUCUCCCCUGCACCAACACUGGAUCAAUAUGAAACUAACGCAAGUACCCUUUCUCGACUUAUGCCCAGGAAACAGUUUCAGCAGUUAGAACUGUUAGAGCUAUCUAGAAGUUACAUGUACAGUCACAGAAUAAAGACACACAGAAGGUCGACUCAGCAAAAAAAGCGUAAUAAGUUCUUUGUAUGUUUGCAUGGUGAUAAAAUAUAAUAGUUUUGUUUGUGGAAACACCACGUAAAUUUAUUACUGCAAAAAAAGCGUAACCCACGCCAUGAUUCGUCAUCAAAAUGCUGACGCUAUGGUCACAGAUUAAGAGUCCUCUUAAUCUGUGCCAUGGUCCAGCCAGUGCGCUUAUGAGAGGCCUCCCCCCCCCCCUAGACUUCCGCCAUCUUAAAUAUUAUCAGGAGGGUGAAUGCCUCUCAUAACUAGGACCAUGACGUCAGCAUUUUGAUGACGAAUUACGGUUACGCCAAAAUCAUAGGAAAAAGUAAGAAGUUGGGCUUCUGUCUAGUCUUUAUUCUGUGUUAUAAUUCUUAAGAUAUUACUACAUUUCCUUCAAGUUAUGUGGCAAUGAGAGUCUUGUGGACCUUUGGAUCUUAAGUCGUUUAUCAACGGCAGAAGCGACAUCAAACACUGGCUUUAAAGAAUACGACUUUCCUGCUAGUACUACAGCUAUAUAUAACUUUUGGUUGUAUGAACUCUGUGAUGUAUAUUUGGUAUGUAUUGCUAGUACUACAGCUAUAUAUAACUUUUGGUUGUAUGAACUCUGUGAUGUAUAUUUGGUAUGUAUUGCUAGUACUACAGCUAUAUAUAACUUUUGGUUGUAUGAACUGUGUGAUGUAUAUUUGGUAUGUAUUGCUAGUACUACAGCUAUAUAUAACUUUUGGUUGUAUGAACUCUGUGAUGUAUAUUUGGUAUGUAUUGCUAGUACUACAGCUAUAUAUAACUUUUGGUUGUAUGAACUCUGUGAUGUAUAUUUGGUAUGUAUUGUUAGUACUACAGCUAUAUAUAAGUUUUGGUUGUAUGAACUGUGUGAUGUAUAUUUGGUAUGUAUUGCUAGUACUACAGCUAUAUAUAACUUUUGGUUGUAUGAACUCUGUGAUGUAUAUUUGGUAUGUAUUGUUAGUACUACAGCUAUAUAUAACUUUUGGUUGUAUGAACUCUGUGAUGUAUAUUUGGUAUGUAUUGCUAGUACUACAGCUAUAUAUAACUUUUGGUUGUAUGAACUGUGUGAUGUAUAUUUGGUAUGUAUUGUUAGGUUUGUUUACACUUUCAACUUUUGCUGCGAUUUCUUGUUCUGGUUGAUGUGAAUGAGUGGAUGAGUGACGAAUGUUCUGAUAAGGGUUCAUGCACUCAGAACAUUCAUACCUCAUCUACUCGUUCACAUCAAUCAGAAGAGGGAAAUACCACUAGAAAUCACAGGGAAAAUUGCAAGUGUGAAAGUGUCUUAAUACCGGGCUGCAGAUGGUGGGCAAGUUCGUAAAUGUUGACACUCGCAUGGCUACAUCUCUCAAUUCUAUUUAUUUGCCAUCAAAUACAAGACUACUACAUAUAAUGAAAAGAAUGAACAUGAUUUUCUCACUCUGAUAACUGCAGGUUUACCACCAUUGCUGCACGAUACUGCUUAGUGAAACCACCUAUUGUACACCACCUUUUCUCUUACUCCACUUAAGUGAACUGAUAUGUUCUCAUUUCAAUUUUGAUAUUUCAGGAAUAUUUGAAACCAGUUCUUCAAAGCAAUAAUGAGGAAGAGAUAAAUACAGCGAGGAAUGUUUUGUAUACAUGUUUAGAACAAGGUUUAAUACUUCUCAGUCCAUACAUGCCUUUUGUUACCGAGGAAUUAUUUCAAAGAUUGCCGAGACGUCCAGCUGAUCAGCCUCCGAGCAUUUGUGUUACACCCUACCCUAAUGAUGUGAGUGUUUUGAUUUCACAUUAUGUUUGAUGAUGAAUGAAACUAUUUUUAUAGCGUAAUCCAAUCAGUUCACGUGAAAAAAAAACUGUUAUCAAUAGGAGCCCUAUGUCUUCCUCUCUGUGAUCAUGUCUCAAUAUUUUUGAUAUGUUAUCCAUUAAGCUGCAAUCCCCAAAUGCGCCUGACUUUUACUCUGUCUCAUGCCAGACGAUUUUACUCGUCAAGAGGAGAGUUUUGCCCAUUGGUGGGUUAAUGUAGAUAGUUAAUGUUGUAAUCAAGUUAUGUCAAUGCUGUGACAGUGUUGAAAGAAUGGCGCUACCAUGGUGUGAUCAUGAUGUUGCAACUAUAUGUUGUGUCGUUCUGUCAAUUGAGAGGUUCAGAUUUGACUUCCACUACCGCUGCCAUUAAGGGACCAUUAACCAAUCAGAUGCGUUUGAUAUAUUAGAUUAACCAAUCAGAUGCGUUUGAUAUAUCCGAUUAACCAAUCAGAUGCGUGCUAAGCCACUGAGAGGUAGCGAAAGUCAAAUCUGGCCCUUUCCAUUAGAAAGUGAAAAGCAACAACAGCGUAAUAACAGUGGCAUAACAAUCUUGUAACAGUGUUGUAACAAUAAUUAGAACAGCAUGUAACACUAAUGUUUGUGAUGUUACUCUGAGUGUAACAUCACAAACAUUAUAUUCACCUGAGUACACAACACCAACACAGAAAAAAAAAACAUGUAACAGUAUUCUAACAAUGAUAUAUGUUUAUUAUGUCAGCUUCCUUGGCGGGAUGAAAGACUUGAAGAGAAGAUAGAUCUUUCUAUGGGCAUUGUAAGAACGAUCAGAUCAAUCCGACAAGAAUACAUGCUGAACAAAACGAAAGCUGAUGGUAAGUGCUUGACAAAUAGUUUUACAUUAAUGAAAAUAGCAACAAUUAACAAUAACUCUAUGUCUGUUUAGUUUACUUGAACUUUACUAACACGAAGGAUUCUGACCUCAUCAAGCCACUGUCCAGCUUUAUUGCGACACUCAGUUCAUCAAGCAAGUAAGUUUUGUUGUUGAAUAGUGAGUGACAUUAUUUCUAAGAAAUGAUUGAUGUUGUGAAAUAUUUCUAGUAUUCAUUUCUUGGAAAACGAGAGUCCUCCCACUGGAUGUGCCCUAGGGACGUAUUUGGACAAAUGUGAGAUUAAUGUCAUGCUCAAGGUUUGUUGCGAAAUUGAAUGAAUUGUUAGUAUCACAUUGGGUAGUACCUUUCAUCUCAGCUGAUUCAUGUAUGUUUUCCAGGGCUUGAUUGAUCUAAAUAAAGAAAUUACAAAAUUAGAAAGCAAGGAGAAACGUCUUAAUGCUCAACUUGAGAAACUGCUUGGUUCUAUGAAAGUUCCCGACUAUGAAACAAAGGUACAUAGAAGCCAACUGUGGCUUAUUUUAACUCGAACUCACCAACCAUAUGGUUAAUUCUAACUUGGAGUUUUAUUUAACAUGCACUUGGCAUAAGUCAGUUUAAUGAGUGACUGAAUGGAAUGGAGAACAGCAGUGGCGUAGCGCUCAUUGGGUGGGGUUAGUUAAAAAACUAAGGGCCACCGACAGUUAGGGGCCCCUAUCACCCACGACCUAUCAGCCCAGAAAAUUAGAAAACGCGGAAAAAAUGCAGGUUAAGAAUCAAUGGGAAAAUGGAAAAUUAAUGAUGCUAAAUAAUAAAGCCUCCAUCGACAACGAUAGCUUACGUUUUUUAUUCCAUCUCAAAUAAAACAUAUCUGGGCUAUCCACAUUCUUUGUCGGACUCACUUCCCAUUGUUUUAUGACCCACACCCAUGGGUUGCAGGUGAAUCACAGUAUAAACAUAACAUCUCAGUCAACAAUGACGACAGUCAACGGGGGCCCCCACACCAAAUAUGCCUAAGGGCCCCCUCUUUCUCUGUUACGCCACUGGAGAACAGUGGGAUUUUCAAAACAGUGAAAGACAGUGGAACAUUCUGAACAGUGGGAUUUUUAAAACAAUGAAAAGACAAUGGAACAUUCCGAUCACUGAAUCGUGACUGGAUUGUUCUGCUUUGUGUUUUAACAAAGGCUGAAGGCUCGUUUAUAUCUGAUCCAUAUUUAACUAUUUUGUGUCUAGAUCCCUGAAAAUGUGAGAAAACAGAAUGCGGAGAAGGUGAAUAUUCACUUAACACAAUUAAGAUUGGAAAAUGUUUUGUAUUUACUUAUUUUUUUUCUGUUUUUGAAGGUGACUCAAGUGGAGACAGAAUUAGAAAAUAUCAAGAAAGCUUUAAAUAACUUAAAAUUAUCUUGA